UACUUGUAUUUUCUUCGGCUUGUUCUGAUGAGGAAAAUAUAUUUAUUUUGUUUAAUCUGUUAAUUUGUUGUUUAAUUUCGGAUGCAUUGAAUGCAGUUUAUCGAAAAAUCCUAAAUUAGAAGCCUUGCCAAAGGGCCAAGCUGGUUACUGUAUGGAAAACGAAGAGUGUGUGUGAUUGUGUUGUGUGCGAGUAAUUGGAGAACUCUGUUCAGAGUAAUUGGCAUUGUGUGAGGAGUCUCGAGAUUCUGACGCGGUGUUGACGUUUGUCGUGGAAAUCCACUGACUGAUUGCACAGCAUCAAGCAUUUUUUGGCGUGUUUGUUUGUUGUCUUUUGCUGUUGUGCAACGGGGGUGAAGACGGCAGCAUUGACAAUUGGAUUCUGAACGCUUGCAGAGUUUGCAGUUUGAGCCAUGAACUCAUACUUGCGACAGGCAUCCGUGCCUGCCGACCAGAUGCAUAGUUUUCUUAAAGAUAAACAAGCAUGGGAGAAUGCAAUUGCUUUAUAUCAGGGGCCUGAUCCAUUAGACCACUGGUGGAACUAUAUAUGCUGGUAUGAAAACCAUGGCCAUGGCGAUCCGGACAAUAAAUUCCGCGAAACUUUGGAAAGAUGCCUAACGUUGUUCGAGCACAGUGAUUACUACAAGCAGGACUUGAGAAUGGUGCGCCUAUGGCUAAAGUAUAUCGAUAUGCAAACUAAUCCACUGCAUUUCUAUCAAGUUCUGCACCAGCGGGGCGUCGGAAAACAGUCCGCCUGUUUCUAUAUAGGUUGGGCCACCUAUUACGAAUCGGUUAAUAGUUUCAAGGAAGCAGAGGCUGUGUACAAUUUGGCUUUUCAAGAAAAGGCGCAGCCAUAUGCUGACCUGCAUCAUGCCCACAGCAAACUGAUGUACAGCAAGUCAGUACACGCUCAGGCACAACAACAGUUACUCCAGCAGCAGCAACAACAACAACAACAACAGCAACAGCAACAAAUGCAACCACAGGCACAGCCUCAUAUUGUUCAUUACCAACAACAACACCAUCCAACUACAUCGAAUGCGGUAUCCACAAAUAGUGUGGCAAUUGGCCAUGUUCAGCAACCGCACACCAUUCAGGUUCAGCAAUAUCGGCAGCAAGUUUCCUACCAUCAAAGCACCCCUAGCAAUAGCCAUCAGACGCAAGCACAGCCGCCACAGGCUGCUCAUCAACAGGCCCAUCAUGCAGUUGUCCAUCAACAGCACCAGCCUCAACAAGCAGCACAGCAAAUAUAUCAUCAGCAGCAGCCCCAUAACCAUUAUCCACCGCAACAAUUGCAGCAUCCACAUGCGCAGCAUCUUCAACAGGUCCAUGCCCAGACGCAGCAUGUCCAUCAGCCACAUCAGCAAAUGGCGGCAACAAAUGUUCAUCAACAUCAGGCACAAAUAAAUACGGCACAGGCGCCAGCUCAUGUCUAUAAUGUUCAUCCCCAUACAACCCACCAGCAAACAGUAAAUACUGCAGCCGUUCACCAGCCAAGCCAAAGCCAUAGAACGGUACCCGUGGAACAACAAUUGCCGGCAGUCACCACAAAUAUGUCAAGACAACAAUAUGAAAGAGCCUUAGAAGCUUCUACCAAACAACAAAUCUCUUCGACUCCAGCGCAGGUUGUAACGGCACCACAACCCACAUCUACACCUAGCACUACCAUUGAAGUUGCUGGCAUCAAGCCUACUAGAAAAUUUGCGGCAUAUUGUCGCAAUAACCAUGAAACGUGGCAACCUGCAUUAUUUUUAGAAGAACCAGAUGAUCCUCAGAAAAUCUGCUAUUAUGCCAAGAAUGCAGUAUACCCUACAGGAAUGGGCAUAGAAUAUAGCCCCGAAGAAAUAAGGGCUCGUCGUUAUAAAGAAAAAUUGGAAGAAUUGAAGCGAAAGCAACCUAUGGCAAGAGCAGUUGAAAGGCAGCAACACGUGCAGACAGCUGGUCAAACACAAACAAAUGUACAAGUACAAGAAAUAGGCUCGUUAAGAACGGAGUCUAAGCAAACUGCAACAACGGUAGCGCAACAUCAUCAUCAUCAUCAACAACAACAACCGCACGAACAAACGCAACACUACUAUGUGCAGCAACAGCAUACCAACAAUAAUCAUUUGUACUAUCAGCAACAAGAAGUAACUACUCAAGUUUACCAACAGCAGCAGCAGCAACAACAACCCCAUCAACAGCAAGCGUCCAACCAGCAAUACCAUCAAGUGCAUUACCAAGCACAAGGAUAUGAACAAUUGCAGUAUGCGAAGCAAACGGCAGAUGAUGAAGACGAUGACUAUGCUGGUGGUGACACGGAAGACCAGGAUGAAGAUAAUCCCGAUACAGAAGAAGAAGAACAACAUUACCAAAAUCACCAACAUCGCCAAACUGUUUAUCAGCAUCAACUGCACACUUCGGUGAAUACCCAAGAUGAUUUGGAAGAACAAAUCGAGGCCUCUACUAUACGCUUCAGUAUGCACACGCCCACCCAAGGUUCUCAAAAUAAAACGUUAAAAAUUAAAUUCAAAAAGGAGAGACCUACAACGGGUAUAGAAACGCCCAAUAGUAAUAACAACUAUAGCGCUUACACCAUUGAAAGGAUAUAUCAGCCAGAGAUUGGCUCACCCACAAUGUCUGAAAAUGCCAUUAAACGCAACAAUGGCAACAAUCAUAGUUUUCAUCCAUAUCUUCUUGGCCAAACAUCAACACCAAAGACUUCCGCUAAACGACAAAAAUCAUCAAAACUGAAGAAAGCUUCCAAUAAAUUUCAUGUAUUGGCUUGCCAUAACAGUAACUCAUCUUCUGUGGAAAAUGGUCAUGCGGUUUUGACCACCAAUAAUAAUUUACCCAAAACACCUUCGGCGGAGAACAACAACAAAACACAUCUCAAUGCCACAUUCAAUGAUAAUGCCAACUAUUCAUUUUCCAGCGCUGUAGCAUUGGACAACUCGAAUUGUUCUCUGACAAAUGCUGUGGGCCGUCUCAACUUCCGCGAUGCUUCGGCAUUAAAUAGCACAAAUCUUAAUCAAAGUAAUGCUGUCGAUAUAUCCACCUACCAGGAGAAUUCAUUUUUCUCUACGCAACAUGAUGCUGAAGCAAAAGAACGUCGACUGGCUAAAGCCUUAGAGACUAUUGAACGGCAUAUGGCCAAAGAGGCCAUUGAUCCAUUUAGCAGUGAGCUGUGUAGGGCCUUCCUUACAAAACUUGAUUUCCCCGGUUCGGAGAGUGAGGCCCAUGACAAUUAUAAGAUAGUACAGACGCCGUUGCCGAAAAUAGCCAACACACGGCAAUUAUCUUUGGGUGAUGGCAUACAAUUCAAUAUAGACAAAGAGAUCGGACGUGGUUCCUAUGGUUCAGUGUACAAAGCUUCAGAUGCAGCUACGGGUGCGGUGGUGGCAUUAAAAUUUCAAAAACCAGCAAAUACAUGGGAAAUUUAUAUAUGUGAUCAGGUUCUCAAGCGGAUACAAUCGCCCAAUAUACUGCCCGGCUUGAUGGACAUCUCUACAGCCAUAAUAGCUCCAAAUGCCAGCAUUAUUGCCACAGAAUUUUCACCGUUCGGCUCGCUGCUUGACAUAAACAAUAAGGUACGACAGGCCACUACCAAAGUAAUGCACGAAUCACUGGUCAUGCAUUUCUCCGCACAAAUAUGUAACAUCAUACGCCACCUGCAUCAAAAUAAGAUCAUACAUGCCGAUAUAAAACCAGACAAUUUUCUAUUGAUGCGUGUGCCCAGCACCGAUUUGCAUUUUCCUUCGUUGCGUCUUAUUGAUUUUGGCUGCGCCAUCGAUAUGACACUGUUCCCCGACAGCGAUAAGACAAAGUUUCGCAAAGUCAUACAGACGGACGGCUUUACCUGCAUAGAAAUGCAAGAGGGUCGUUCAUGGUCAUACGAGACGGAUCUAUUUUGCAUUGCCGGUACAGUGCACGUUAUGCUCUUUGGUGAAUACAUGCAGUUGCAGAAGAGAGGUGAUACAUGGGAUAUAAAACAGAAACUGCCACGCUACCUUAAGAAACAUGUUUGGACACAAUUUUUUGGUGAUAUGUUAAAUAUAAAAUCGGAUAAAUUACCCGAUUUGAAUGAGAUGCGAAAUAUUUUCGAAGAGGAAGCUGCCAGAAUGGACUCUGAAUUACAGAAACAAAUGCGUGCCCUGUCCAACAUUUUGCAUAGACGAUAAUUAUGAUAGGUUUCGAAAGUGUUUUUCUUCCUAGUCUAGCCUAACCUAACAACAUUUCAUUUUACAGCCGCCCCCCCAAAAAAAACCCCAACUUUUUAUUUUGUAGAUUUACACCGAAAGCAUAUGCUGCCUAUAGUAGCUACACAUAUAAUUCAUGACGAUGCUUCUUUUCCCCCCCAUAGAUAUACAAACCUAUAUAUUUUUAUGUGUGUUGUUAUAGUUUUCUAAUAUUAUUUUGUUAUGAAUAUCUGUAAUAUCAGGUAAAAAACUGGUCCCAUUUGAAAACACUAACAAAACUCUCGAAAAGAAAGUAUGAAAGUUCCCCCUCAGCUUAUAUAUAAA